GUUUGCCUGAAUCUAUUAUUGCAGCGGCAUGUGCCAGAAGUGGCCAGAGAGUUCUUCAUGUUGAUUCGAGAAAUUACUAUGGUGGAAACUGGGCCAGCUUUAGUUUUUCAGGAUUAUUGUCCUGGGUCAAAGAAAACCAGCAAAAGACUGAUAUCAGUGAUGAAUGUGAAGACUGGAGAAAACUGAUCCUUGAGAAUGAAGAAGUUAUUUCUUUGAGCAAGAAGGAUAAAACUAUUCAACAUGUAGAAGAUUUUUGUUUUGGCGAUCAGGAUUCGGCUGAGAAUGUGGAAGAAGCUGGUGCAUUGCCGAAGCUGCCUGCCUUUGGAGCCUCUGAUGCUGACGGGGUUGCUCAGGAAUCGGAAAAGGAGUGCACACCAAUGGAGAACACCUUACCAGAGGUGGAGAGCCAGGAACCAGAAAAGGCAACAGGCACAGAGCCAACAAGCACAGUGGAAAGGAAUGAUCCAGAAAUAACCUCUGAGAAUGAAAGUUCUCAUAGUAUGCCUUUCAGCGAGUCCACUCCCGAAACUGGAUCUGCACCCUCAGAAAGUUCCGCCCAAGGACCAAAGAAAAUCACGUAUGCCCAAAUUGUUAGAGAAGGCAGAAGGUUUAAUAUUGAUUUAGUUUCCAAGUUGCUGUACUCCCGAGGUCUGUUAAUUGACCUCCUGAUCAAGUCGAAUGUUAGCAGAUACGCAGAGUUUAAAAAUGCAACACGAAUUCUUGCCUUUCGAGAAGGAAAAGUAGAACAGGUACCUUGUUCUAGAGCAGAUGUCUUCAACAGCAGACAGCUCACUAUGGUGGAAAAGAGAAUGCUAAUGAAAUUUCUGACAUUUUGUUUGGACUAUGAACAACACCCUGAAGAAUACCAAGACUAUGAGAACAGCACAUUUGCUCAGUUCCUGAGAACACAGAAGUUAACACCCAGCUUGCAGCACUUCAUUCUUCACUCGAUUGCAAUGGUUUCAGAGACUGAUAGCAGCACUCUUGAAGGUCUUCAGGCAACAAAAAAGUUUCUUCAGUGCCUUGGCCGCUAUGGCAAUACACCAUUUUUGUUUCCACUGUAUGGUCAAGGAGAGAUCCCACAGUGCUUCUGUAGGUUGUGUGCUGUAUUUGGUGGUAUCUAUUGUCUUCGCCAUUCUGUGCAGUGCCUUGUAGUGGACAAAGAAUCUGGACGAUGCAAAGCUAUUGUGGAUCAUUUUGGACAAAGAAUAAGUGCUAACUAUUUUAUUGUGGAAGAUAGUUAUCUCUCAGAGAGCAUAUGCACAAAUGUGUGUUACAGGCAGAUCUCCAGGGCAGUGCUCAUUACGGACCAGUCUGUGCUAAACACAGAUACAGAGCAGCAGGUUUCCAUUUUGACAGUGCCUCCAGUGGAUGUAGGAAAACCAGCAGUUUGCGUCAUUGAGUUGUGUUCUUCAACCAUGACAUGCAUGAAGGAGACUUAUUUAGUCCAUUUAACCUGUCCAUCAACUAAAACUGCUAGGGAAGAUUUAGAACCUGUUGUACAGAAGUUAUUCAAUCUAAAUGCAGAAAAAGAGACUGAAAAUGAAGAACUGGAAAAACCCAAAGUGCUCUGGGCAGUCUACUUCAACAUGAGAGAUUCUUCAGGAGUAGAGAAAAUGUCAUAUGAUGGGUUACCCUCGAAUGUUUAUGUCUGUUCUGGACCAGACUCUGCUUUAGGAAAUGACUGUGCUGUUAAACAGGCGGAGACCAUUUUCCAUGAAAUGUUUCCUACAGAGGAAUUUUGUCCACCACCACCGAAUCCAGAAGAUAUUAUUUAUGAUGAAGAUGAGAUUGCACCAGAAGAGUCUGGAUUCAGUAAUUCGCCAGAGACAAAACCUGAAUCCUCAACUGAGGAAAACAGUAGUGGAGGUAGUACUGCUGUUAAGAAGGAAGAUAAUGAAGAAUGA